GGCGAAAAGGAAGUACAAGGGAUUGUGGGAGAUGAUCUGACGUCACAUCCGCCAUGACGUUGCGUGGGGAAACCAACGUAAACAGAUAGCGUAUCUAGUGUGCUGUUAGAAGGACGGCCGGAAUUGUGUGUUUUGUUGCAUUUUCAGCGUCUUCUAGAAAAUUCCACAUGGCAAGAGGAUAGACUGUACCACAAGGAACCCAGAGAACUAUUUUAAUAGAAGUGAUUUUGAGUGGAUCGUAACGACAUGGACCCAGACUCCAUGGGGCUGGCCACGCCUGCGGACGUGCUGCAGGUGGCCACAGUACUGGAGGACUGUGUGGACCAGCUGGUCGUGCUGGGGAAGAUCAUGCCGGUGUCGUAUGAAGGGAGACCAGACGCUGACGAGAUAGUUGGUGAUGAGAUCGGCAGGAUCGUGGACAGCCAGCGCCAGUUGGAGCAGCAGUUCUCCCAGCUGAUGACGGCACGGCAGGACACAAAAUUUUCUGGUGCGAUCGGGAAGACGAACCGCCUGACGCAGCUGGACCAGGACAUCACAGCCGUAUCAGGUGGUCUGAAGGGGAGUAACCAAUUCUUCACCCGCAGUCUGAAGCAGAGUCCGCUGACAUCUGAUAACCUGGAGAAGAUUCAGGCAGACAGGGCAUUUGUAGAGUCAGUAAUGGUGGAAGCGCAAUCAGAGCUGGCCGUAUCAGGGACGUUCCUCUCCCUUCUCCAGUCAGUCCUGUCUGAGAGAGAGAAGAAGGCAAACCUACAACAGACCAUUCUCCGUGAGGAGGAGGGGCGCAAGCGGAUCAAACAGUUACAGAGGCUGAAAUUGGAGGUCAGGAAGGAGAAGGAAGUAGAGAUACAGAAUCGGAAUGAGAUGAUCGCCCAUCUGAAGGACCAGCUCCAGGAGAUGAAGGCCAAGACCAACAUGGAGGGCAAGUACGUCAAGAAGAACUCUGAAGUUCAAGUGUUUCAGACGCAGAAGCGUUGCAGCAUGUCUGAACAGGCCCUCAGAGAAGAACUCGAGGCACUAAAGGUUAAGAUCGAUGAAGAGGUGAGAGUGAAUGGGGAAAUUGAGUCCUUCCUGAAAACACAUCAAAGGGAACUUGAGGAAAAAGUGGAGUAUUGGAUGGAGAAGUAUGACAAGGAUGUGGAUGCUAAGCAGCAUGAACUGGAUGUUCUCAAGGCAUCAAAGGCCCAGGAUCUAGCCAGGCUACAGGAGCUAACCAAACUGUAUGCAGAAUACGAGCAGGUGGUUGUUGAAGACAGGAUUGAGAAAGAGAAGGCCAGGAGAAAGGCAGAGCAGGAGGCUAUCGAGCUCCAGUGUGCCACCAAGCUCCAAGCCUGGUGGAGGGGAGUCAUGGUGCGGAAGGGGCUCGGACCUUACAAGAAGGGCAAGAAAGGGAAGAAGGGCAAAAAGAAGUCUGGGAAGAAGGGAAAGAAGAAGAAGAAGUGAACCAUGUGUAUCAAGAGUCUACAGACAGCAGGGGUCUAUGUAAUUUGUAAAAUA